GUUGAACACAAAUUACAAAAAAAAUUGUAAUACACAAAAUGUGACAGGAUUAUGCGCGAUAUACUGCACAUUUGCAGUCGCAUGCUAUCAGACAUGAAGCAGGAGUGCAGAUUGCUGUACUGACCUGCGCUGUGUCGUCAUUUCCGGUUGCCGCUCCACUCUGAGCAGAGCAGAGGUGAGUCCGGGAGCUGGGUGUUUUCAGAAGAACACCGUGUAUGGACCAUGGAGUGUGUUCCUGCUGUUGUUGAUGAAUUUGAGUGUAAAAAGGAGGCACACAUAGAUGAUCCUGACCGCAAUGCGUACACUCGCUUUAUGAAGUCUCACCGCUGCUAUGACCUGGUGCCAACUAGCUCCAAAUUGGUGGUGUUUGACACCUCUCUGCAGGUGAAAAAGGCUUUCUUUGCUCUUGUCUCCAAUGGAGUGAGAGCGGCUCCACUCUGGGACAGCAAGAAGCAGUGCUUUGUUGGUAAGCGGCUUAUACAGCAUGUACAAUUAGUCAUCAUGAAUUCAUUUCCCUUUCUGCUACAUUCUAAUUAUACAUUUAUUAUAGGCAUGUUGACCAUAACAGACUUUAUCAACAUACUUCAUCGCUACUACAAGUCACCGAUGGUUCAAAUAUAUGAGUUGGAAGAACACAAAAUAGAGACAUGGAGAGAGGUCUAUCUACAGGAUUCCUUCAAACCUCUUGUUAGCAUAUCACCUAAUGCCAGUCUGUAUGAUGCUGUGUCAUCUCUGCUGAAGCACAAGAUCCACAGGUUGCCAGUAAUUGAUCCUCUGACAGGGAACACGCUGUACAUCCUUACUCACAAGAGGAUCCUCAAGUUCCUCAAACUCUUUAUUUCAGAGAUGCCCAAACCAGCAUUCCUAUCAAAGUCUCUCGAAGAACUCAACAUCGGAACAUUCCAGAACAUUGCCAUGGUCCACGCUGACACACCCCUCUACACGGCGUUGGGACUCUUCGUCGACCAGAGGGUGUCUGCCCUGCCUGUAAUCGAUGAUAAUGGAAGGGUGGUUGACAUAUACUCCAAGUUUGACGUCAUAAACCUGGCUGCGGAAAAGACGUACAACAACCUGGACAUUACUGUCACAAAAGCCCUUCAGCAUCGCUCUCAGUACUUUGAGGGAGUUCUCACCUGUCAAGCACAUGAAACACUGGAGGCCAUCAUCAACAGACUGGUGGAGGCAGAGGUGCACAGAUUAGUGAUGAUAGAUGAUCAUGAGGUGGUGAAGGGCAUCGUUUCUCUCUCAGAUAUUCUUCAGGCUCUGGUGCUCACCAGUGGAGACAAUGGCUCUGCUUGAGAGGUGAGAAGAGAGGAAGAGGGGAGACGAGAGAGAGGUGGUUGCUGAGAAAUUGGAGCUAACAAAGCAAAGCGAUGUAAGCCAGCCGAUGGACCUUCAAAGGCCAAUCACAAAAAAAGAAUCAGCAAGGAGUCAUCUAAUCUUAGCUUGUAGAGUGAAAACAAAAAUCUCCCACAAGCCUGUCCUCUUAAGUAAUGAUAAAAUCCAGAUUAUUUUAUAAUAUGACAUAACAGAACCUGUUUUAUGUCUAGAAAAAAAAAGAUGAGCCCUCCCUUCUUCUCUUCCUAUUUCUAUCGAGGGAGAGUCCAUGUGAAAAAAAGAGCAAUAUACAAAAGUGUAAGAGGUGAAGCACAACUGCAAUCAUAGCAAAGCACACACCAAAAUCCUCUACCUGCAAAACCUGAAGCAGCUGUAAAGCCUACUGAAACCUGCAACUUUUCAUGACUGAAAACCAAGUAUUAGCACUUAUUUAUUUAUUACACACACGGUGUAGCAAAGGAAGGGAUGUGGAAAUGUCACUCCCCAGACAUUUGCUUGUUUCAAAUGCAGAUCAUAGUAUAAUAUCAGGUAGUAAGUAUAUAAAUAGGCUUUUACUUUAAUUCUAGUUCAUGUCCUAUUAAGAGUAAUUUUGAUCCAUUUCAUCCAAAAUAUGGGAUGUUACCUAAUGUGAUGUAAAGAACAAUGAGAAAUUAUAGAACUCACAUAUAGAGGAUUUUAUAUCCUGAAGUUAGACUACUCUGUUCAGAGUACUGCUGUUUGAAGCAUAUGGGCCUUUACAUUCUUUACUAUCAGUUACUGACCUGUAGCUUAGUGACCUGAGCUGUAGUAUCUAAACCACUCAGUCUAGUUCUUUUUGUCCUAAGAACUAGACAACUUUUUUAUCCCCGAGAGCACUUUUUUCACCUCACACUCUAUAAAAGCUGGAACUUUGCUACUCAACAUGAUUUUAAAGUUAACAGCUAAUGAAAUAAUAAGUUAUUGUUUUUUUGUGUGUUUGGCAUUGCAUAUCAUCUCUCUGUCAUCUUUCACAAUAUGGUUGAAGUGAAUGCUUAUGUUUUUUUGUUUUGUUUUGUUUUUUUUGGUAAAAUACAGUGCAGCAAAUUCAUGCAUGAAAGUGAAAGUAAACUUGAAGUGGUGUUUGAGUGGGGGAACAGUGGAGUGUUGUAGUUUUCCAUAUAAUACACUUCAACAGUGCUUUAACCCUGGAGCUGUUAAAGCUGUAACUGUUCCCAUAAUGGUUUCAAUAUAAAUUUUUCAAAACCAAAUUCAUGCUAAAUGCCAGUUUAUUUGAGUUUUUAAGAUUUGGACACCUUGGAAGACCAGUAUCUUUAAUGAGUUUGGAUGAUGGAUCUGUUUAGUAAAAAUUGGCAGCUUUUCCUCUAGGUUUUAUGUCAUGUAGGGCUGCUGUCCAAACUGUAGGAGAGGGAAAUGACCAUUCCACUGUAUUACCAUGUGUUUUUGUUGUUUUAUUCUUAAUGAAAUGUGUAUACAAAUGUGUGUAUAUAUAAAUAUACAUUUUAUAUUUCACAUGUCAAUUUAUAAUGCAUGAGCGAAAUAAACAUUUUAUCUUAAA